AUGCCCCUCAAUCCGCCUCCUUCUGGGAGCCAGAGCUUUGGUCGGCGUGCAGGAGAGAAGACGCAGGGGGUGCCGGGGAGGAGAGGUAGCACGCCUGUCACGGGGCGUCCGCCCCUCUCCUCCUUUCCCUCUCAGCCCGUCUCCUCCUUUCCCUCUCAACCUCCCACCUCCUUUCCCUCUCAGCCCCUCUCCUCCUUUCCCUCUCAGCCCUUCUCCUCCUUUCCCUCUCAGCCCCUCUCCUCCUUUCCCUCUCAGCCCCUCUCCUCCUUUCCCUCUCAGCCCCUCUCCUCCUUUCCCUCUCAGCUCAGCCCGUCUGUGCUGGGUGCCCGCUCGUGCCACCGCCACGCUUCUCCGCGUGCCCGGAUAACAAGCUUGCGGAAUGAGGGGGAGUGCGGGCAUGGAGGUGAAGUGAAGGAGGUGAAGGGGGAGGAUGGGGAUGCAGGAGGCAGAGCAGUGCUGGAGUGGGCGCUGAUCGACCUCUUUGCUGGCCCCUUCUCGGCAGUAGUGGCGGUGGUGGUGUGGCAGGAGGGAGCGGUAGAAGCAGUGGCAUGGGGAGUGGGUGGAGCAGCAGCAGCAGCAGCAUGGUGGCGGUGCCACUUCCACGACCUCUCCCACGCCUCCUCAGGGUUGUGCCAUGGGUCCCUCCCUCACUAUCUCCUUGUCCUUCCCUCCAUUUUCCCCCAUGUUUCUCCCACCCUUUCAUUUUCCCCCAUGUUUCUCCCACCCUUUCCCCCCUGGUCUGCCGCUCUGCUUCACCUUCCCCGUUCAUCCUUCCUCGUCGCUCUAGUCACUAUCGUCUCUCUUGUUGCUCUCCACACUCUGGUCCCUCCCUUCGCGCCCCGUCGCUUCCAUCCCUUUAGAGGAUCCCUCUCGCACCUUCCUUCCCUCCACGCCUUUCCCCUUGCCCUAUGCUGUUUUACCCUCCAUCCCUAUGCGGUGUCCCCCCUUCCCUACAAUUUGCUUCCCCCCUUCACUCCGCCCUCCUUUUCCCAUUUUUCCAACGCACAGCUUUUCCCCUUCCAUGCGCGAUCACAUUCCCCUUCUGGACGAGCUGCUUUCCCCACUUCUCCCUGCGCGGCCCCCCCUUUUCCUCCACGCUGUUUCCCCACUUCUCCACGCUUCUCUAUUCCUCAACCCCACAAUUCCGUAAGCAUUCCCCCGCUGACCUUCCCUCCUUUCCACCCCUCCCCCCUCCCUCCCUUUACCCCGUGUCCUCCCUUCCGUUUUUCCCUUAAUCUCACCCUCCCUCUCCCGCAUGUCCGUCCCUCCGUUUUCCCCCUUGUUUCUCCCUCCCUUCCCCCUUGA